ACAUACGCCUCACUCACUCACACAAUGUCUAUGAACACAAAGUAUCAAUGUAAUUCUUUUCACUCUUUACACACAAACAUAGCCGUCUACAGUCUGACGUGUCUCAGUCAAUGGCGUUUAUUUAUACGUUCAUGUACGCAAACAGGAAAAUCGAGUUUUGUAAUGCUAAACUAGUAUCACCAAAGAUCUGUGGCCACCUACAACCGUGUGGAGUACCUCCAGCGCUCCCCUUCCAGUAAUGACGGGGAUACGCACAUAUGGCUUUCUGCCUCUUGUAGGCUGCGUUGUCUUACUUGUAGCUGAAUGUCUGCAGAUUACAUCAUUCGCUGCUUCAUUCUGGGCCUGGGAUUCCUCCGGGUCCCUCGGGCUAUGGCGGCGGUGGUGGUGUUUGAAUGGACCCCAUGACGGUUGUAUCCACUUUAACUACCCAUGGAAUCUGAAAGGUCUUGAUGGAGGAAGUGUGUGGCAGUCCUGCAACACCAACAUCAACAAUGAAGUCUUCUGUGCACCAUUCCACUGGCUGAACGCUGUCCGAGGUUUGGAGAGCGUGGCCAUGAUCUGCGUGGCCAUCCCCCUGGUCGUGAUGCCCGUCUACAUCUACGUCUCGGUGGGGCUCUACCAUAGAUGCUUCCUCUUCACCAUGGCUGCUUUCAUCCUUCUGGCCGCCAUAUGCAACAUUGUGGGCGUUAUCAUCUAUGGAGUGGCUCUUGGCGCUCGACAGGAGUGGACGGUUGGGUGGUGCUUGUUUGUCUGCUUGAUUGGAGGGUUCUUCGACAUAGCAGGCUUCAUAAUUCUGCUGACUGCAGCCUUCUUGAAACCAGACAUUCCUCCCCAGAAGUUUCCUGAAUCCACCAGCCUCUAUGUCGUCCGCGACAGCAACACACUCUACGCUGUGGGUGGUGAUGAAAGUGGCCGUAUCGACAUUAAUGUUUCGGAAUAUGGCGACCGUACUAACGACCCCAUCCACAACGAGCCUCCGAAACAUGGCGGUGCUACCAACAUGGAGCAUAUCCAUCCAGACAAUGAUUCGGAAAAUGCCUUCUUCACCAAUCCUGAUUAUGCUUAGGAUAAAGUCAUCUACUGUUACGUCUCUGAUCAUGUUUGCCAGUAUUUUUUCAGAUAAUAUAACUGUUACCUAGUUACCGUAGAAUAAUCUUUCGACGCAGUCAGCACCUCACA